CCCUUAUGUGUGUGUAUAUUCGUGCACUUAUCAUUUAUGCAUGUAUAUUUUUCACGAUAUUGCGUCACCACGAGCAACGGGCGCGCUUAAUCAGCUUUUAUUCAUUUGCGCGUUAAUCGACGCCGGUGCAAGCCUCACGUUGAAAAUUCACAGUCGGAGAAAAGUCGGAGGACUCGUUCGAGGUAAUCGAGACGUAAUCGAGCGAUCGAGAUGCGCAUCUCAAUCGAGUUCUCCCCGGUAGUGCGUGUUCUCCCGUAUCCCGAGCUCAUUUCGGUUUCUUCCGCGACUCGCGCGCUUCGCAAUUUUCGCCGUAACGAAACGUCCCACGCGGCAAGCGCGGAGGACCGUUGCGAGAAGACCGCACAAGAAGAGUAUCUGGAAAAUAUCUUGCGCCACUGCCGGCGGAGAGAAACGCCCAAUCAUUCGAAGAAAGAGAACGGCGGUGGCGGCGGGGGGGGGCAGAUCACACGACCGCGAAAAGAAUGCGGGAAACGCCGCGUUGUUGCAGGCGGCUCCUCUCGCAGUGACGAGUGCCGAAGAGAGGAGCCGACAGCGGGAGGAAGCAAGAGAAGGAGAGGAAAAGACGACGAGAGUGGGACCGCGGCGCGACUUCCGAGCGCGUUCAACGUCGCGACCGCAGUCACUCGGGAUCGAACAGCGCCGACGAAGCCGUAAUCGUCGCGCCUUGCGUUUUGAAUUCGUCGGCAAUCGUCACCGAGCGCCGCGUCCUCGCCGGAGUGUCGACAUUUGCCGUCGCGCGAGCGCAGCGGAUCCGCCGCUGGCACGUCGCGUCGCGAGGCGGAAAAAUACUCGCGAACGGCAGAAAGCACCUCGCGUUCCCGUCGUGAUUCGCCGUAACGCGACGCGUGGUGGCGCGCGCGACGCACGCCGAGGAUCGGCGCGGUAUUUCGCAUUGCGAAUUCAUGUCGCCGUAUGUCCGCUUCUUUUCGCUCGACCAGUUUGCACCUGGCGAACUUGAGGAGAGAGUGGUACACAGCCGGGCCUCUCAUCGGAGGAAAGAGAACAGGAAGAGUGCCGGCGCAACUAGAAGAAGCAAAUUACGCGCGUAGCGCAGCGAGUGCGUGACGUCGCGCGGAUUCUUCUGCCUCUCGUGCGUUCUUUUCCUCGUCCCGCUUUAUCUCCUUUCCCUCUUCUCCUCCGUCGCUCUUUCUCUUUCUCUCUCUCUCUCUCUCUCUCUCUCUCUCUCUCUCUCUCCCGAGCGCGAACGAGCCAAGAGAAGAGGUCGAGUCGACGCUUCGCGGCGCGCUUCCACGAUUCCACCUCCAGCGGCGCGUCGUCCUUCGACAUCGACGUGGCGUCACCGCCGACAACGGCGGUAUCUGUCGCCAGUGUCGUAGGAUCGGCGGAAGAUAACCGAUAGCGGCUGCGGCCGAGGUCGCGCGUGUCCGCGUCGUCGUCGUCGCCGUCGUCGUCGUCGCCGCAGUAUUCCCGCCGAGGGAGAUCGCGCAUUUUUCAUCCCCGAGGACAACAGGUGGUUUUCGGUCGGUCCUCCGGAGACAUCCCUUCGAGGAAGGGUCUCGGUAGUGUGUAGCGCAUGUAUUGUAUACACACACACACACACGCACACGCGGGCGUGUGAAUGACUUCUACUUUCUGCGUCACAUCCUUCGUCGCCAUCGCCAGCACCAUCGGCAUCACCAACGUCGCCAGCCGCACGACGUCGUUUUCCUCGUGGACGUAGCGCCAUGUCGUCGUAGCUCGGGGCUCAUGGGCACGGCGUUGACGAAGUGACCGGCGCGAGCGAUGAUUCGCGCGAGGUAAUCUCAGACUGCACGGGCAUGGUGACAUUGGUACAACAGCAGCAGACGCCGGACGACAGCCACCAGUGCCAAAAAGAGGAACAGGAGCGCGCAGACGGCGCCGUAGUGGUUGCCGAAAGUCACGCGGUCGUCGGCGACUUCCACGGCGAGAAGGAGCAGGAAGAGGAGGAGGCGGAGGUCGCGCGCAGGGCGAAUGAGAUUGCGCUCGUCGUCCCGGGCAAUGACAGUGUUGGAGGUUCCUCUACGCAGUGCAGUGACAUAGACGAUGACGACGUGGAGGAUGACGAGGAUGAGGACGAGGAGGAAACGGACGUGGAGGAUGGUCGUGGAGGAAACGGACGCGGAGGUGGUGGCUGGGUUGCUAAUCUUCCAGUACCGGCUGCCAUCGUUCAGCAGCACCAGGAAGUCGCGACCGCGAACGGCGACGUCGUCUUGCCGAACGCCGACCCGUCCAACUUCGGUGACGUGUGCGUCAAGAACUCAACGAACGUACAUCUGGGUAACAAGACCUUCUACAAGGGUCCGGUCACCAUAAAGCAGUUCGUUUACACGAGUCCCGCUUCGGUGCAGGAUGCGAACAAGCUCGAAGCCGGCAGCCAAGCCUCUGACGCUAAUGUAUCGGACUUGUCGAGUAAGGUCGACGUGGGCGCCAACAGGCCGAUUCUUCAGCAGAACAGCGAGUUGGACAAAGUGACACAAUGGCUGUGGACGUGGAGGUGCGCGGCUUUGUUGUGCACUCUAGCCUUAAUACUAGUGACUGCUGUGGUGGUGUGCUCUCUGUAUCUCACUCGUCGCGCGGACGCACCGGCCGCACCGGUUUUCCCGGAGAUUCCGGACUCAUCGCUCGUGGGUGUUGAGGUGACGUCGGUGCGCUUUGUUGAGAGAAACGAGUGGGGCGCCCAGCCGCCUUCGCAGCCGUUGACGAGGCUGAAGCUGCCGGUGCCCUACGUGAUCAUCAGUCAUACCGCCACGGAUUUCUGCACCACGCAGUCCGAGUGCACAUUCCACGUGAGAUUCGCGCAGACCUUCCACAUCGAGUCGCGGAAGUGGUCGGAUAUCGGCUACAACUUCCUCGUAGGCGGUGACGGCCUCGCUUAUGUCGGCAGAAGCUGGGACUACGUCGGCGCUCAUUCGUUCGGUUUCAACAACCGCAGCAUCGGCAUCUCCUUCAUCGGUACAUUCAACUCGGUCAUACCGCCGAAGGUGCAGCUGCACGCCGCGCAGAAGAUCAUCGAGCUCGGCGUCAAGGCCGGCAAGAUCGCGCCUGAUUACAAACUCUUGGGCCACCGGCAAAUCUCCAAGACUUUGAGUCCCGGAGAUGCUUUGUACAGCAUCCUGAAGACGUGGCCGCAUUGGGUGCCCGCUCCUUGACGCGAGUACUGCGUGAGCUUGCCGCUCCGUGAAGGGAUCAAAUCGCCAAGUGAUUUCUACGAACGUGUCUCUCUGCGGAUUUCCUUCGGAAAAUCUUACCUCGGAAUGUGCGAUCGCUACGUCCGUUUGUUCAGUAGAGACGCUAUUCCGGUGGGUUCCGGUAAUAGCUGACCAUGCAGAUAAUUUCUCAGUGAACACACGUUGAGUGACAGUAAUGUUACAUCGGCUGUCACUCAACAAUGGGAGUAUUAUACGCAGCAUCUGUUAUGUCGCGCUUACAUUGAACGGGGAGUUGAUUGAUAAGAUUGAUGUAGCGUUAUUGUUACUUCAUGUUUACUCGGGUCGAAUUUAUGAUUACUGCCGUGGGAGAAUGUCACAUUGUUCUUUUUUCUUAUAUGUCGAAUAUACGUCGGAAGCACUGGAACACGUUCCCUCUUGAAAUUCUAUGAUACGAGGGAACUUAUUGAUCGGCAGAAGCUCUGUUGAGGAAUCACAAAAAUUGCCAAGUUGAAUUUGGAAAUGCAAAAAGUUGUGCUGUUCGGUGGAAGUCUUAUUGCGAUAAAUUUUACACGAAUUACUGAAUAAACAGGUGCAAAGAAGUCGAAAACCGGGACGACCAAGCACUCUCUGCUCUAAGAUCAUUUAAAAAAAGGACAGUUACGAUUUAUCUGAUCCGAUUGACUACGUAAAGAAAUAAAGGUGCUAAUGUGACAGUUACUAUAUUUUAUAGUAUGCGCGAAUUAAUGAUCUUGUGAGAAAUAUAUAUACGCGCAAUCUCUGGAAAUUGUAUAAACUGUUUGGAAUACUUUGUAUAUAUAUACUAUGAAGAAGAGUAUAAUGUAGAUUUGUCGAACGUAAUUUUUUUUUUUUAAUAAAGAACGUGUA